AUUUGUUAGAUGGCUAAGCAAGCCGGGAGCUGUCGCUGUUAAGCCAGCAUCCAACCCAGAUUACAAACGCUGCGCCAGUCACUUUUAACUGUAUUCAACACCAGCACAGGAGCACCACGCAAGGGUGCAGAGCAGUGCCUGUACAUUGCCUUUGUGUAUUAUUAUUUUGAGACUGAAACCCUCUAUUGUUUGGCUGUGCAAUUACACAUUGCUGUGUAGUUGCCAGAAUUAUUAUUUAACAGUGCCAGACCGUGAAAACAUAUUAAAGAAACUGUUUGGACCAUGAACACUGUUUGUUGUCGUUGUGUGAGCACUGCAUCACAUCUACACCAGCGUACUGCAAACCACUUUGCCACAACUAUAUGUUUAGAAGUUUAUUAAUCUUACAGUUACUGUUUCCUGGUACAGACCCUGAUAGGCUGAGUUCCUGAAGGCUAUAUAAGAUGUAUAGAGAUGAUAAUUUACAUUAACUCCUACUGUGCCUAUUAGAGAUAGAAAUGCUAAUGGUGUGCCUUUAGCAAAGUGAUGCAUUUUUUCAUCUCAUGGCUUAACGGUGCAGCAGGCUAAUUCUCUAGCCACUUAAGCGUUUCAUCUUGGGAGGCUUGUUCAGAACUGGCUCUGGUCACAAUUGAAAUGAAUGAGUCUGGCAGUCUCAACCUAGCCUCCAGCAAAGUCCACAUCGCAGAACCACCACACAAUUUUCAGCUUAAUUGGAAAUCUGUGCUUUUAGAGAGGCUGUAAACAGUGUUCUUGCCCUCAAUAUUUCACAAGCACUUCAAAAUAAUGAGUUCUAGUAAGUUCUGCAGUAUUCAUACACAGAUUUCAUGAUGAAAUUCCCUGUACUAUUUUGUCUUAUAGAAAAAGACAUUUUUGUUUAUGCUCAGUGGAUGCUGUUAUCUAUCCUACACGGCGGUCCAGCAGAUAGUGAAUCACUGGGGUGAAAUAAGGACAGAUUACUGGAGAUGCACAGUUGCUCUAAAGCAAAUAAACUAGAAGUCAGACUGCUUAGUGAAGAAGAAUACAGAGAACAGGGUGACACUGAGACCAGAGCAUCCUUGCAGGAGCUGCGUGAAAACUGUUUGAAGCCAGGAUUCCCUGCAUGGGAAGCAAUGACAAGACUCCGCUCUCCUAAGAGGUUCGCUGAGUUUAUACAAGGGGGUUCCCAUGUGACUGAUGAAGAGAUCCUUGAGCACGACAGACAGUACUGUUUGGGCGGCACCUACUUUGAAGACUGCAUCUUUUCCACUAGAGGCGAGGAGCAGGGUGAUCACGACUGGCCAAACCCACUACAAUCCCAAGAGCAAGAGGAUGCUGAUGAGGAAGACCUGGAAUAUUACGAACCCAUCAAACAGAACAGUUUACUACCGGUUGAUAUAGAUUUAUUCUAAAAUCACAAAGGGGUCUAUCUGAAUGAUCUUCUAUAUCACUAAAUAAAAACCAAAAAGUGUAGAAUAAAGAUAAACACUGAUUUAGAUGAUCAGAAUAGACAACUGCCUCAAAUAUAUUUUUAAACUGUAUUCAGGUUAGCUUCAUUAUAAGAAUUUAGGUGCGUAUUUUAAUAAUAUCUAUCCGAAUACCUUGUUGAAACAUAUCAGGCUUGGCUUGGCAUUGUGGGGUCAUUUUAAACGUGCCAUUGAUUUGAACCCUUUAAACUCAGGUCAACAUUGAGUAACAGCCAUUAAUCCUUUAAGAUACAAGGGUGCAUGAAACAGGGUUUACAAUUUGGCAACAUGUUGGAUCUGUUUUAUCCAAAUUAUCGGUUUCCUUGUAAUACUUGAGUCACUCUGAAAUGUCUUAAGAAAAAAACGUUGGAACAACCACUCAUUUCCUUGUGUACUUCAAGGAAUUAAAGUACUCACAGGUGUAGAUUAGGUUGUUUUUGCACUAAGAGGACCAUGUUCUUUUAUGACACUUUUAAACUGAGUGUAUCUAUUAGACACCCCCUGAGGUUUCUAGAAUGUUUGAUACAAGUACCUAUCCAUUAGACACGUGGCACAGAUUAGCAAAAACAAAAUGUAAAAUACUGCAGGAGGGAAUAAUCUAAAUUCAAACACACCAAGUGCUCUUUUAACAUUUUUAAACUGCAGUUAUUGUUCUAUCAGCCCAAGCUCUAAAUGUUUGAUGUAUUACAAAAAAUAGAUUAAGAGUUGCUGCGUUUUUAAAAAAACAAAAUUAAAUUAAAAAAACCUCAAACUGCUAUGUAACAGUUUGAGGUUUUUUACCAUGAUAAUUGGAGUCCUAUUUCCAAAUAUCAUGGUAUAAAGUAAAUAGUUUUUAUUCAUUUUUAACACUCCAGCAUGUAUUUCUGAAUUUU